AUGGUAAACAUCACAGAUAUAACACCACCUCGUUCUCGUUCAGCCUCGGUAUCAACGACAAGCUCGGACGUGGCUUUACCGUCUUUCGAAUCGCUCGCGCCGCCUCGUCCACCCACGACCAAAGCGGAAGAGGAGACUCGAGUGGUAGUUGAAGGUCUGGGAAGUGAUGUGAGGUUGAAAGUCAAUGCUGGGCCGGGAUGUGGUGGGAUUGCAUGGCCUGCGGGUGAGGUCCUCUCGAGGUACAUAGCCUACAGACAUGGUAUAGAUCCCUCUCAUCUACGGAAUAAGAAGAUACUCGAGCUAGGUUCUGGUACGGGACUGGUAGGGAUCGUGGCUGGGAUGUUAGAACCUUCGAGUGAAGUAUGGGUGACAGAUCAAUCCAUGCUGUUAGAUCUCAUGGAAGUUAACGCGGAGCUAAACAUCCCAGCAAGUCACACGAAACGCAACGUUCAUACCGCAGAGCUGAAUUGGGGAGAAGAGUUACCCGAUUCGAUAUCGAUAAAGGAUCUGGAUAUGAUCUUGGCUGCUGACUGUGUAUAUUUCGAGCCCGCUUUCCCGCUCUUGAUUAAAACGCUCUGCGACCUCGCACCAAUAGAUAAAGAUAUUGAGAUCUUAUUUUGCUGGAAAAAGAGGCGGAAGGCAGACAAAAGGUUUUUCGCGAUGCUGAAGAAACAUUUUCACCAGUUCACUGUCGAGGACGAUAAGCCAGGUUCGAAGGAGGUGUAUGGGAGGGAAGGUGUGAGUCUGAUAAGGCUAGUGAGGAGGAAAUGA